AUGUUACGGAUAACUACUCAUAACACCAAACGGCGAUCAAGCCAGUCAAGUUCUCAGGCGAAAAUCGAUAAAAUAAUUCACCAGCUUACGACCGAGCACCGAGGAUCGAUACACAAUCGCAACGUGAUUUUGUCGGUGGAGGACAUUAGGUCGGUGUGUAUGAUGGCGCGAGAAGCCUUUUUGGCGCAGCCGAUGUGCAUAGAGGUGAAGGAGCCGUUAUGUGUGGUGGGAGACAUACACGGCCAGUUCGACGACUUACUUCGCAUCUUCGACUACAACAAUUGUCCGUCCAGCAGACGAUUUCUAUUUCUGGGCGACUAUGUCGAUCGAGGCAAAAACUCCAUAGAGGUUAUCGUGCUGCUAAUGUGCUAUAAGUUAAGGUAUCCCGAUAACCUGUACAUGCUGCGGGGAAACCACGAAAGCGAGGUCCUAAACAUGCACUACGGUUUCUAUGACGAAUGCAAGCGUCGCUAUACAAUCAAGCUGUUUAAGACUUUCGUGGACUGUUACAAUUGCAUGCCAGUUGCGGCGGUGAUUUCAAACCGAAUCUUCUGCUGCCACGGUGGCCUGAGUCCAGAUCUGUCCACUAUUGAGGAUAUCAAUCAUUUGGAGCGCCCAGCACAGAUCCCAGUUAAGGGACUUCUUUGUGAUUUGAUGUGGUCGGACCCAGAGAACAUCUUCGGAUGGGGUAAAAAUAAUCGAGGCGUGAGCGUUACCUUCGGGCGUGAUAUAGUGGAGCGUUUUAUUCGUAAUCACGACUUUGACUUGAUCGUUCGAGCACACCAAGUAGUCGAAGAGGGAUUUGAGUUCUUCGCCAAGCGUCAACUGAUCACACUUUUUUCAGCACCCAACUACUGUGGCGAGUUCGACAAUGCCGGCGCAACGAUGAACUUGAAUUCGGAUCUGAAGAUAUCGUUCCAUGUCUUUUCACCCAAAAUUGGUGGUAGAGCUAUUACUAACAUUAUUACGGUCGCAGGACCACAGGUCAGGAUCCGUAAUUUACAGUCAAUGCCCACAGAAAACCAGCCGGGAUUGGGCGAACAACUGUUGCGGUACAAGACUCGGGAAACAAAGAAGCAAUAACGCUAGUGAAAGAAGUAAUUAAUCAGCUUUUUAAGUUAUUAAAGCAAAUAUAAUAAUGUCAUUCCAUGGCUUGAAUAUAAAGUGCACAAUCUUCUCAAAUAUAUAACUCUUCGAAGUUAAAAAUUGUA